GAGUUCCCUUUUGAUAUAUCUUUAUUCCUCACAUUUCCCCUGCCUCUCCAUCCUUCACAAUACCACCCCAAUCUUCUGUGACUCAAAUAAAUAUUUCUUCCCUUUCUUCAUAAAUAGAUGCAUUUAUCCACAUUAAUUAUUUCAUUCACACAUUUCAUUAUUUUACAAUGGCCCUGAAUCUCAUUUCCAUCUUCUCUCUUAUCUCCUUACUCCUCUGUUUCCAUUCCUCUGCUUCACAAAACUCACUCAAACUUAAACUCACACCCAUCACAACCCAGCCCAUUUCAACCCCAGAAUCCAAUAAUAAUAAUAAUAAUAAUAAUAAUCAACAUCCAUGGAUGCAAACUUUGAGUUACUUAACAAAAUCUUCAUUGGCCCGGGCACAUCAUUUGAAAAACCCAAAAGAUAAUUCCUCUGUUUUUAAAUCUGAGAUUCCUCUGUUUCCUCAUAGUUAUGGAGGGUACUCUGUUUCUCUUGGUUUUGGGUCACCUAGUCAAGAAUUGUCUUUUGUUAUGGAUACUGGAAGUAGUCUUGUUUGGUUUCCUUGUACUCACCGGUAUUCGUGUUCGGGCUGCGAUUUUCCGAAUAUUAAUGAGAGUAGUAUUCAAAAAUUUAUUCCUAAGUUGUCUUCCUCUGCCAAGAUUCUUGGGUGUACUAAUAAGAAAUGCGGGUUGGUUUUUGGUUCAAGUAGUCCGGUUAAGUGUAAUGGUAAAGAGAUUUGUCCUGCGUAUAUGCUUCAAUACGGGUCUGGGUCGACAUCCGGGUUGCUAUUGUCGGAAACCCUGAAUUUUAAGGAGGGUGAUGUGACUGAUUUUGUAGUUGGGUGUUCAAUAAUAUCGGCUGGACAACCAGCGGGUAUAGCUGGAUUCGGGCGUGGGCCCGCUUCUUUACCGGUUCAAAUGGGUCUAAAAAAAUUCUCAUAUUGUUUGGUUUCUCACCGGUUUAAUGAUAAACCGGUGAGUAGUGAGAUGACUCUUGUCCGGGGUUCCUCUCAUUCCAGCACUACAGAUGCUGGAAUAAGUUAUACAAAGUUUCGCAAGAAUCCCUCAACUUCAAGACCAGCAUUUCAGGAGUACUAUUAUGUUAACCUCCGAAAAAUAACUGUGGGCGGUAAAACCGUGAGGAUCCCGUACGGUUAUCUUGUGUCGGGAUCCGACGGAAAUGGUGGAACCAUCAUUGAUUCUGGGACGACUUUUACGUUUAUGGAUAGCCACAUUCAUAAUUUGGUGGCGAAAGAGUUUGAAAGCCAAAUGUCAAAGUAUAAACGCGCCAGUGACGUGGAAAAGGGAACCGGGUUGCGACCGUGUUUUAACAUAAGCGGGAAACUAACCAAGUUUCCCGAACUAAUGUUUCAUUUCAAAGGCGGUGCGAAGUUAGCACUGCCUUUGGCGGAUUAUUUCUCAUUUUUCGGGGAGUCGGACGUAUUGUGUAUGACACUUGUAUCGAGCGACAUAUUGGGGUCGGGAACAAGAACCGGGCCAUCGAUAAUCAUUGGAAAUUUUCAACAACAGAAUGUAUACUUGGAGUAUGAUUUGGAAAACAGUAGGCUUGGAUUCAAGAAGCAAAUUUGCAAAUAAAGAGUUAUUCUUGACAUUUAAUUUGAUGUACGAAUCUUUUUAUUUUUAUUUGCAAUUAUAUUUUAUAUAGUUCCAAAUUUCAAUAAUAACUGUUUAGGUGUAAUUUAAAAUGAUUUUUACAUUGUAAUAAUGAACGACGAUUUAUAGUGUUCGUAAUUA